CAGAUGUGUCUUGGAUUCCCCAUUGGAACGAGAUCGCUCAUUCAUUGUUAAGCAAAUUCUAUAUUCGACAACAUCCAAAUUGAAAACAAACGAAAAUACUCACAUAACGAUGAACAGAAGCAUCACCAAGAGCUCCUCCUCCGACACGGAGACCGCCUCGGGCAGCUACGAGGGCGGUGUCCACCAGUCGGCGGGCCUGGGGUACUCCCAUUCGGAGUUCUCGCUGGGGGCGCCCGGCGCCAGGCCGAUCAUCUCGCAGCAGCGGCUGCCCGGGCCGACGGACGGCGGUGCCUCCGACGAGGAUCUGUCCGACGAGGUGGUGGUCUCGCACACGCGGCUCAGCCUCCUGGCGGACCAGGCCAAGCAGGCCAACCAGGCCAGCCAGGUGUUGUGGGCGAAGCAGCGGCGGCUCUACGUGGACCUCGACAUGCGCGUCGGCAGCGUGGCCGCGAAUGUGGCGCUGCGCGGCGGAGAGGAGGAGGCCACGCGGAAGAGUGUCGAGCGGCUGAUGAGCCGCGCCGCCCACCAGGAGCGGGUCGUUCGGCUGCAGAGGACGGCCUUCGGCUGUCCCCUGUCCGUUUGCCAGAUGGCCGUGAACGCCACCAAUUGCCUGGCCCACUGCCUGGAGCAGCAUCCGACGGUGGCCGUGCUGGAGAUGCGCCCCAACCUGACCGCCUGCCUGCCGCUGGGCCUGCCCCUGGUGCUGGGCGCCUGCGGCAGCCAGCGGUGCAUUGGCAUGCUGAUCUUCGAGAGCGGCCGUCAGCGCGGCACAAACGUCGACCUGGCAGAACGCAACGAGGGCUGGACCAGCAGCCUGGCCGUGAUGGGGCUGCUGUGGAAGACCUCCUGGGAUGCCCAGCUCCACGGCCCCAUGGUCACCCAUCUGUACAACCUGUGGUUCUUCUGCCCACAGGCCCACCCGCCGCUGCAGGUACUGGUCUCCGCCGAGUCGCAGGUCAGGGCCAAGGAGGUCAAGCAGCUCAAGCGGGAGGUGAAGCAGCAGCUGAUCCCCACCUCGGCCGAUCCCCUGCUGCACGAGCAGCGGGCCAUGCAGCGGGAGAACGAGCAAUACAUGCGCUUCACCCACCGCGAGAUGAAGCUCCUGACCAACGAUUUCACGACCGACAUCGAUCUGAAGCUGACGAUUCAGGAGGAACAGAAGACGCCGCCAAAGGCCACAGAUCUUGAGGAGGGGAAUGGUUCUAUCAAAUCCAAGUAUACAGAAGACCCAACUUCAAGCCACAAUUUGGCGGUGGCCGUCGACGACCCCCUCCAGGCCCAGUCCCCGUCCAACGCCGAUCUGGACGACGAAUCAGUUGAAGGCACUCUAAAGAUCAUCGACUCCAUGGCGGACGAGCUGCUGUCUGGCUUCGUGGACUUUGAGAAGUACAAUUUGGACAAUGAUUUCGUAAAGGCCGUCAAGUCGCAGGCACUCAUCGAGAAGGUCAAGUCUCGGUCCGUCUCGGCCUCGGUCUCAGAGGCACAGCUGGCUCAGCCCUCGGAGGGGCUGCCGUCUCUGGCAGUCCUCGAGGAGUCGCAGUCAAAGUCAUCGGGUAAGACACCGUCACUGGCAUCUGUGGUGGUACUGGAGAAGGUACAGCCACCGCUGGUGGACGGACCUCUCAAGCAGCAGCCAGACGGGGCGGGCUUACGGCUCCAAGCCGACCUGCAGCCCCAGCAGGAGGUGACCCCGACACAGAAAGAUCUGGAGGAGAACGUCGUGGGGGAAUUGCUGGACGAGCUCGUCGAGGAACACGAACUGUCGCUGUAGCACGAGACUGGCAGAUUGGAUGGUACCCUUGAGGGGGAUUCCCAAUAUUAAUUACCAAAAUUUGAUCGUUUUUUUUUUCCAAUAAUAAUAUUUCAAAUAUCAA